AUGGCACAACUCGACACCUUGGACCUUAUCGUGCUGGCCGCCCUCCUGGUCGGCACAGUAGCCUACUUCACCAAAGGCACCUACUGGGGCGUCUAUGGAGACCCCUACGGCAGCUCCAUGGCCACGGCCAAUGGCGCUGCAAAGGCUGGCAAGUCGCGCAACAUAAUAGAGAAGAUGGACGAGACAGACAAGAACUGCGUCGUCUUCUACGGAAGCCAGACGGGCACGGCAGAGGACUAUGCCUCCCGUAUAUCCAAGGAGGGCCAUUCGCGAUUCGGCCUCAAGACCAUGGUGGCAGAUCUGGAGGAGUACGAUUUCGAAAACCUCGACACCUUCCCCGAAGACAAGCUCGCCGUAUUCGUACUGGCCACCUACGGCGAGGGCGAGCCCACCGAUAACGCCGUCGAGUUCUACGAGUUUCUCGGCUCUGAAGAUGUCAGCUUCUCAGAGGGCGGCAGCAUCGACGACAAGCCUCUCAACAAGCUCAACUACGUCGCAUUCGGUCUCGGAAACAAUACAUACGAACACUACAACUCCAUGGUCCGCAACGUCGACAAGUACUUGACCAGGCUCGGUGCCACCAGACUGGGUGCUGCUGGCGAGGGCGACGAUGGCGCUGGCACCAUGGAAGAGGACUUCCUUGCCUGGAAGGAGCCCAUGUGGGCUGCUGUUGCCGAGAAGAUGGGCCUGGAGGAGCGUGAAGCCAUGUACGAGCCCGUCUUCGAAGUCAAUGAGAAGCCAGAGCUAUCCCCCGAAGACGACACUGUUUACCUCGGCGAGCCCAACAAGAACCACCUUGAGGGUAACCAAAAGGGUCCCUACAACGCCAACAAUCCCUUCAUCGCCCCCAUCGUCGAAUCCGCCGAACUCUUCAACUCCCCCAACCGAAAUUGCCUACAUAUGGAAAUCAGCAUCGCUGGAUCCAAUCUGUCAUAUACCACCGGUGAUCACAUUGCCAUCUGGCCCAACAACGCCGGCAGGGAAGUCGAUAGGUUGUUCAAGGUUCUCGGCAAGGAAGACAAGCGCCACACGGUUGUUUCGGUCAGAGGUCUCGACCCCACCGCCAAAGUUCCAUUCCCGUCGCCAACUACUUACGAUGCCGCUGUGCGAUUUCACAUUGAGAUCAAUGCCGCCGUGUCGCGUCAACUUGUCUCUGUCAUUGCACAGUUUGCGCCAGACGACGAUAUCAAGGCUGAGAUCGUGAAACUCGGUAGCGACAAGGACUACUUCAAGGAGCAAGUUACCGACCGCAACCUCAACCUGGGCCAGCUUCUCGAGAUCACCGGAAAGGGCGCGACAUGGGACAAGAUCCCAUUCUCAUUCCUGUUCGAAACCAUGGUCAAGAUCCAACCUCGUUAUUACUCCAUCUCCUCCUCGUCCCUAGUCCAGAAAGACAAGAUCUCCAUCACUGCUAUUGUCGAAUCUAUCGAGAAGCCCGGCGCACCAUACGCUUUGAAGGGCGUGACUACCAACUACCUCUUGGCCUUGAAGCAGAAGCAACACGGCGACCCCAACCCGGAUCCUCACGGCCUGAACUACACUAUCACCGGCCCUCGCAACAAGUACGAUGGUGUUCACGUCCCCGUCCACGUCCGCCACUCCAACUUCAAGCUCCCUUCGGACCCUUCCAAGCCCAUCAUCAUGGUCGGACCCGGUACUGGUGUCGCACCCUUCCGUGGUUUCGUUCAAGAAAGAGCUGCACAAGCAAAGGCUGGUCAAGAUGUCGGAAAGACUAUUUUAUUCUUCGGAUGCCGAAAGCAAUCAGAGGAUUUCAUGUAUGCCAAUGAGUGGAAGCAAUACCAGGCAGACAUGGGCGACAAGUUCGAGAUGCACACUGCUUUCUCGCGAGAUGGUCCUAAGAAGGUCUAUGUACAGAACAAGCUUGAAGAGGCCGGCGAAGAAGUCAACAAGCUGCUCGAGCAAAAGGCCUACUUCUACGUCUGCGGUGAUGCCGCGCAUAUGGCCCGCGAGGUAAACACGCUUCUCGGCAAAAUCAUCUCCAAGUACAGGAAUGUGCCGGAGACAAAAGGUGAGGAGAUUGUCAAGGCCAUGAGGGCGUCGAAUCAGUAUCAAGAAGACGUCUGGUCAUGA